GUCACAGUGAGUAUUUUACUGUGGUUGUGGAAGGUUUUGUUGUGAUUUUCUUAUUUCCUUGCGAAAUAAUCAAAUUUAUUUUAAUAAAUAACAGUUUAGCAAAUUUUCUUACAAUCGUGAAAGAAACAAGUGGCUUUUUCAAAUAAUCCAUUCGAAAAUACGUUAGAUCGCUUCAGAUAUUAUUUAUUAUAAACACUUUCUUCACCGGUCAUAUCUGUUUCCAUGUUGUGUUUACAAAUUAUAUUUCAAUGUACGAUGUAUGUAACAUACUCUGAAUAGUGCCAUGGACUUGAUCAGUUUAAUAUUUUGUUAUUAAAAUUAUUUAAGAUGUUCAAAAUGCGUAAGAACUUACGAAGAUUGACAAUUACAACUGUUGCUUUAGUUACGAUAUGGUUUUUGGUAUCUCGCUUAUCGUUAUUAGAGGUCCCUACAUCAGCCCCGCCACAGAAUAAAGUGGUAGAUCUUGAAGAUCGACUAGAUAAACUUCAGGUUAAGAUGGAUCAGCAAUUAUCUGAUAGUAACAAUUUGUUGGCUAAAGUGAAACAACAUUUAAAGAAAAAUGUCCAUGAAGAGGUUAAGGAAAUGAUAGAAAAUGAAAUAGACAUUGAAGGAGCUUCAAAUCCUAUACUGCCAGUGCUAGUGAUCGCAUGCGAUAGGAUCACAGUAAAGCGUUGUCUAGACAGCUUGGUCAAGUUCAGACCCAGCAAGGAAACCUUUCCCAUCAUAAUCAGUCAAGAUUGCGGGCAUAACGCAACGUACCAAGUUAUAAAGAGCUUUACCGAUAUGGACCCUACCAUCACAGUGGUGCAGCAGCCAGAUCGCUCAGAGAUACAGUUGCCGAGGGCCAAGGUUAAGUUCCGCGGGUACUAUAAGAUCGCCCGGCACUACCGCUUUGCACUCAAUCAUGUCUUCAAUACGUUGGGACAUAAAGCUGUUAUUAUCGUUGAAGAUGACUUGGAUAUAUCGCCAGAUUUCUUCGAAUAUUUCCUGGGCACGUAUCCUCUACUUCUGAAAGAUCCAAGUAUAUGGUGUGUGUCAGCUUGGAAUGACAACGGUAAGCGCGAGGUGAUUGACAUGUCGCGGCCCGAGCUGCUGCACCGCACUGACUUCUUCCCCGGACUCGGCUGGAUCCUGCGUAAAGACACCUGGGCCAAUUUAGAACCUAAGUGGCCAGAAGCAUUCUUCGAUGACUGGCUGCGGGAUCCAAAGAACACAGACGGCCGAGCUUGUAUUAGACCGGAGAUAUCUCGCACCUACUCAUUUGGGAAGGUGGGAGUGAGCAAGGGCUUGUUCUUCGACAUGCAUCUCCGUUACAUGCAUCUCAACACGGAUUUUGUCGAAUUCACAAAACUCAACCUCACGUAUUUGCUUAAGGACGUGUACGACGAGACAUUAAUGUCGACGGUGUACGGGCUGGCAGAGAUGUCUGCGGAUGAGGUGGUGUCGAGCGCGGGCCGGCAGCCGGUGCGCGUGCCAUACUCCAACGCCAAGACUUACCAGAAGGCCGCCAAGAAACUAGGCCUUAUGGAUGACUUUAGAAGUGGUAUACCUCGUACCGCGUACAUGGGUAUUGUGACGUGCUUCAUCCGCGGCCGGCGGGUCUACCUCGCCCCCGACUACCCCUGGACUAAGUACGACCCCGCGUGGGGGUAGCGACUACUCAUUAUAUACCAAAAACACUAUUAACAUCAUGAACCAAUUCAAGUGAUUUUGUGAAACCAGUGAUGUGAUUUUUUAUUAAAAAAAAAACAAAGUGUAUUGAAUAAACGUCCAGUGCGUGUUUUAUAAUAGUGGUGAGUAUUUUUUGUUAUUUACUGUUAUGUGUUAUUUUUAUUAGUAAUAAAUAUGCCGACUUGUCUAUUGUUUAUGAUUGUGGACUCUAUUCUUAUUUAUGGAUUACAAUUUUUUAAAUGUGGACUGAGAAUGUAGUAUACUAAAAAUUUAUUACUAUUACAAAUUAAAUUUUUGCUUAGUGACUUUCUUUGAAAAUAUCAGAUGUGUAAAAUAUUUUUUAAUGUUGCCAUGAUAAAUAUGUACUACUAAAAAUAAGGCUGUGAGCGAUUUCAAAAUAAAUAUUGUUAUGUCCUAUUUUAUGUUUUUGACAGCAGCAAUGUUUUU